UUCUUCCUCUUUCUCUCAAACCACUCUUCUCUUCUCUUCUCAUCUAAACCUACCUGCAGACACAAACACAACAAAGCCAAGCACCGAGAAUCUCAAAUCUUACUCCCCCAAACACUUUCCAACACUCACGGAGAUUAAGCAAACAGUUGUCCAGGUUGUGGUCGGAACGGAGUAAUGGCGUCUUUAUCGGCGACGGCGACGGCGACGAGGAGAUGGGUCAGUAGUAACCAUCAGCCGCCAUUAUCGUCGAGGUCUGAACUUGGAUGUAGCUCAAUACCCAUGACUCGGACAAAGCAUAAGCCUAGUGUUUCAUCUUCACUCCACACUCCCUCUGUUCUUCAUUUCCCAAAACAGAGCUCUUCUCCUGUCGUGGCUCCGACAACAUCCAAGGAAUCUGAUAGGGAGCUCAACUUGUUCCAGAAAGCGGCGGCUGGGGCGUUGGACGCGGCGGAGAGUUUUUUGGUUAACCACGAGAGGAAGCACCCGCUUCCGAAAACCGCCGACCCGCAUGUUCAAAUCGCCGGAAACUUCGCUCCGGUUGAGGAACAGCCCGUCAGGAGAAAUCUUCCGGUCGUUGGGAGAAUCCCCGAUUGCAUCAAAGGAGUGUACAUACGGAACGGAGCGAAUCCACUUCACGAGCCGGUCGCUGGUCACCACUUCUUCGACGGCGACGGGAUGGUUCAUGCCGUCCAGUUCGAGGAGGGUUCGGUUAGCUACGCUUGCCGGUUCACCCAGACGAACCGGUUGGUCCAUGAGCGUGAAUUGGGUCGACCCGUUUUCCCCAAAGCCAUCGGCGAGCUUCACGGCCACACUGGUAUUGCCCGUCUCAUGCUCUUCUACGCUCGCGCUAUGGUCGGUUUAGUCGACCCGAGCCAUGGAACCGGCGUGGCUAACGCGGGUUUGGUUUACUUCAACGGUCGGCUACUAGCCAUGUCGGAGGACGAUCUGCCGUAUCAUGUUCGGAUCACUCCGACCGGAGACUUGAAAACCGUUGGUCGGUACGAUUUCGAGGGUCAGCUCAAAUCCACUAUGAUCGCUCACCCCAAGGUCGACCCAGAAUCUGGGGAGCUCUUCGCGCUGAGCUACGACGUCGUUUCGAAGCCUUACCUGAAGUACUUCAGAUUCUCGCCGGACGGGAAGAAAUCGCCGGACGUUGAGAUAAAUCUCGAUCAACCCACGAUGAUGCACGAUUUCGCCAUUACAGAAAACUUCGUCGUGAUCCCCGACCAACAAGUCGUCUUCAAGUUACCGGAGAUGAUCCGUGGUGGGUCUCCGGUGGUUUACGACAAGAACAAGAUCUCAAGGUUCGGGAUUCUCGACAAAUGCGCAAUCGAUUCGUCCGGAAUUAGAUGGAUUGAAGCUCCUGACUGUUUCUGUUUCCAUCUCUGGAACGCUUGGGAAGAGCCGGAGACAGAUGAAGUCGUCGUGAUUGGAUCGUGUAUGUCUCCACCUGACUCCAUCUUCAACGAGUCCGAGGAAAAUCUCAAGAGUGUUCUGUCUGAAAUCCGACUGAAUCUGAAAACUGGAGAAUCCAACCGCCGACCCAUCAUCUCAGAACACGAACAGGUCAACCUCGAAGCGGGGAUGGUGAACAGGAACAUGCUCGGUCGGAAAACGAGGUUCGCUUACCUCGCUCUGGCCGAGCCAUGGCCAAAGGUCUCCGGCUUCGCAAAGGUCGACCUCUCCACCGGAGAAGUCAAGAAGUAUCUCUACGGAGAAGACCGUUAUGGCGGAGAGCCUCUGUUUUUCCCGCGGGAUGGCUCGCCGGAGAAUCAAGAAGAUGACGGCUACAUCCUCUGUUUUGUCCACGACGAGAAGACAUGGAAAUCAGAGUUGCAAAUCGUCAACGCCAUGACUUUGGAGCUCGAAGCGACGGUCAAACUUCCGUCGAGGGUCCCGUACGGAUUCCACGGAACCUUCAUCGGCGCCAGUGAUACGGCGAAGCAGGCGUGAUUUCCCCCAAUACAUACGGAGUACGUACGUAUGUCUAUACAUAUAUACACACACGUACAUAUGUAUACGUGAAUCGCGGUUUUCUAGCAGGAGGGUUGCCGAUUUACCUGUGGGAUGCUCUGCAUAUAUGUCCCCGGAAUCGGCUCUGUUUUCCUUUUCUCUUCCCGUGUUUCUUUCGAGUCAUUUGGGGUUUUGUGUGAUAAUCCCCAUUUUUUUGGGGUCAAUGUAGAAAUAUGAAAUAUUUUGAGGGACCAGCUUGUAGCUUUCGGGACGUAGGGUAGCGUUUGAAGCUCAGCUGGUUUCUGUUUAAUUCUUUCACUUGUCAUUGUUGUUCAUCAUAAAUACAAAUAUAUAUAUAAAAAAUAAAUAAAAUA